AGAUAUAGACAAAACCAAUGUCCAGAAACAGUUCACUAGAGGAGAGAGAGUAGAGAGAGUGAGUUCUCUUAUUUAAUUGAGAGUGAGAGAGGAGGAGAAGAAGUAUAAGUCAUUUGUUGCUGUUCAUCUUCUUGGGUGUCGACCAUGGCUUUCAUGGUGGAGAGAGGUGGAGACAUGGUGACCUCAAUGGACUCCUCCAACAAGUCAGUACCAGCACCAUUCCUCACAAAAACUUAUCAACUAGUUGAUGAUCCUUCAACUAAUCACAUUGUCUCUUGGGGAGAAGAUGAGUCCACUUUUGUUGUUUGGAGACCACCUGAGUUUGCCAGAGAUCUCCUCCCCAACUACUUCAAACACAACAACUUCUCAAGUUUUGUCAGGCAACUCAACACUUAUGGUUUUAGAAAGGUGGUGGCAGAUAGGUGGGAGUUUGCAAAUGAGUUUUUUAGGAGAGGAGAGAAGCACUUGCUGACUGAGAUUCACAGGAGGAGAACUCCACAGAUCAGUCAUCAACAACAGUACUAUCAUCAUGACACUCCACAGCCACCAGCAACUUUUCACUGCAUGGAAGUUACAAGAAGUUGGAUGGAGCCUCCACAACCAAUUUCCACAAGAGAUGCUGAUGUGCUCUCAGCUCUAUCUGAAGACAACCAAAGACUUAGAAGAAGUAACUCUCUUUUGUUAUCAGAGCUCACUCAUAUGAAGAAACUCUACAAUGAUAUCAUUUAUUUCAUUCAGAACCAUGUGAGGCCAGUGCCACCUCCUGAUCAUCAUCAUCAUCAUCAUCAUCAUCACCAAAGGCCUGGAAAGAUUAUAGAGUUGGGUGUUGAUGAGAAGGAAAAGGAGAAGGAGAACACUACUGUGAAGCUCUUUGGUGUUCCACUUCAGAGCAAGAAGAGAUUGCAGUGUGAGAUUGGUCAAGUUCAUCAAGUAUCUGAGUGUGAGUCUCUUGAAGUGUAGGAUUAUGACUUAAUUAAAUCUGAUGGCCUCCAUAUGGAGAUCUUAAUUACCUUCAAGUUUUGAACAUUAUAAUUUGAAGUUGAUGUA